AAUGAAAAGUACAACGUCCGGAUCGUAACCCUUGGGUUCGUUGUCAUUCAGAUAUCGCGCACUGGAUGUGUCUCUCUAUGUGUGUUGGGUCACUGGAGUGGGCGGUCGCUCCUGGGCUCUUUUUGUGGGCUUUGUUGGCCACGGUUCACUGAUUGGUGAAGCUUUCACUGCUGGAUUAUGGAACCAAACCUUUGUGCUGUUAUUCCGUUCCUAACAUAACCAAAGAAGAGGCAGCUUGCGAAACCACCACUGGCCAAAUCUAACCGGACUAAUUCACUAAACCUAAUAAGAUGGCACAAUGACCAUAUCUUUUAUCGCCAUGAGCUGACUCUCUGGAGUGCAGAAGAUUGUUGUACCUGUCCACAGGUGCCUGAUGUGCUUGAAAAUACUUUAUCAGCACAUCAAACAUAUGGAAAACAUCAGCCAUCAGAAGAAAAAUGCCUAACUUGGACCUUGCCUUCCCUGUCUCAUCUGUAAAUAGGGCUCAAAUCCCACUUGUAGUCCAUUGAGAAGCCUUGGGGAUCUGACCUUUGGGAAUCUUGCCGACUGGGACCCACAAUGCUUACGAAACAAUGUGCAAACAAGGGACUCUGGGCAUGGUAGCCAGAUUGAGUUAGUCUGUCUCACGGUGCCAUAACAAAAUGGACGCAGCUCUGACUGAUGGUAGAGCUGACAAUGACAGUUGCACGUCUCCACCCAGUCCGGAUUUUAGUCUGGACUCAUCCAGUCCCUUUGCAAACGGACUCCACUUUGAGUCAAUUUUGUUUGAAGAUGAGGACGAGGAUGAAGUUAUGGAUGCCGAGACGGUGUCUCGAUUGGAAAGGGCCACGUGCGUUUCAAGGAACAAAAAAACAAAAAUCAAAGACUGUACCACCUGUGAAAUAUUUGGAGGGUGAAGUUAUUUGGGCCAAAUUCAACCGCAGACCAUGGUGGCCAUGCCAGGUAACUGUUGACCCACUUGAGGGGGUUUACCACAGAAUUAAAGAGCCAAUGGAUAGGAUCACCCGUCAAUAUUUUCUCAAGACAUUUGGAGAACCUGAAGAACAGGCAUGGGUCCCUGAGCAAUCUACUCAUAUAUUUGUUGGCGGAUAUCAGUUUAACAAUCUCCCCUUUGUGAGAGGAAGUGGACGGCAACAAGAUGAAAACAACAGAUACUCUAUACCCAAGCGUUUUCUGAACUCUUGGGGAACUAGUGUGGCUGAAGCAGAAGCACAUCUCUUGGAGAAGCCGAGAUCAAACACUUCCUGCUCAGCCUUCGUCCAAAACGUCUCUGAUGGAACCACAGUAGACAGUGAAAACAAAGUCUCUCUGACAUCUUCAGUGGAAUUCCCCAACAUUAUCCCUGUGACCAAUGGAAGAGUUGCACAAAAAGACCAUCUGAACAACUGCCAACAUAAUCAAAGGUCUAAAAACACUAAAAAGCAAAGAAAGUCAUCAUCCACACAUUUCAAAAAAGUUGAGGACUUCAAUUGUGAGAAGACUGUUGAAGCUUUGGACAGUCCCUACUCUGAUAUUGAUUCGGUUCCUCAGAUUCGCAGAUGUCCCAAAAGUAGUGAGCGAACAUCUAAGCAAUGUGUUGUCGAUAAACAGUCAAAAUCAACCACAAGCCAACUUGCUGUUACAAAUGAUACAGAAGUAAAGAAGAAUGUUGAGAACCAGGGUGGCCUUUGGUUCAGCAAAGCAGGAAAGGGUCAAGUCAAUGGAGGACUUAUUCGGGCAGGAAUUAAAUCGGUUAAUUGUUCUUUUGGGAAGGUAUCUUGUAAAAUUAAGAUGCCAGAUUCAGCAUGCAUGAAAUCCAAAGACAAUCACAUCACAGGACUCAAACAACUGUCUAUUGAAGCCAAGAAAGCUCUUGAUAGGAGAGUGAAGUGCCUUCCUGCAAGUAGUCGUCUGAUGACUAGAGCACUGAAAGCAAUGGAGGAGGCAGAACACAUGCAGAAUCAACUCUCAAACCAGAUUCAAGAGUCGACCUCAAAUGUCGAAACAGAGAAUUCCUCUUAUUUUACAUUACCUGAUAAAGAAGGUGUUGACAACACGUCUUCACACAAGAUGGCAACUACAGAAAACCAUGAUCAGAAAAAGGACUCAGAGCUUUCCUCAGAUCAUCCAGGUUUUGAAGAUGAUGUAGUAAAAUCUGAGAAUGAAGCAUCUUUGAUGUCUCCAGCAACUGUUGCCUUUCAUUCAUCCAAGUGCAAACAAGAGAGCCAUGUUUCUGAUUUGUCUUCUAGUUCUUCUCUAUCUCCUUUGCAGUUAAGUGUAGAAGAUGUUGAGAACUUGAAAGAAAUUACCUUCAAGUCUUUAGCAAACAAACAUAGUGGCCAGCCUCUGUCUUUUCUGCCUGACGCAAACUAUAAGUUUAGCACAUUCUUAAUGCUGCUAAAGGAUAUGCACGAUAGCCCCAAAACCGAUGGAGCACCAUUGGUAAUGGAAACUUUACCUGUAGAUGAACUUAUUAAAGAGGAGCCAUCACAGAUUCCAGCAAAGGAUAAGCUGACCCAAAUAAACACGAUAGUUUCACAAAAAUGCCAACCGGGCAAAAUGUCUGGCUUCAAAUACAAACAGAAGAAGGUCAAGCUAAAGGCUGGGCCAAACAAGAUAAUUGAGAUCCCACAGAGUGACACAACCAACAGCAGUGUUAUCACUGCAAAACAGCUAACAGACAAGCUAUUGAAAAAUGUUAAACCUUUGGAAAAUAGAAUGAAACUUUGUAUCAACACGGCACCCUGUGAGAUCUCAGAGCAUGUCCAUUCCAAUGAUUCAUUUGACAAACUGAUACGAGCGCACCAACUGCCCUCAGAGGAACCAGAGAUCAAGUUUUCUGUCUGUGUGCCCAAAAAGCGUUGGCAAAAGUUUGACCAAGUCAUUGACAAUGUGUUAAAUAAAGAUGAAGGUAAUGGUAAUCAAGAAGCAGAACGACUUCCAGGGUUACCCUCAGAAAAUUGUGACGUCUUGGAGGUUGGCACAAACAAGUCAAGUUCUUUUGCGCCUGUGAAGGAUGUGAAUAUCAGCGCACUAGAAAUUCCUCCAGGCAACUGUCCAGUAAAUUACAUCCCUACAGAAUGCAAACGUAUUAGAAAACCUAGCAAAAGACUCAUAGAAUGGACAGAGGAAUACGAUCAAUUGUUUUCCACUAAGAAGAGAACAAAAAAGAAACCUGAGACAUUUUCGAAGGUUGAAAAACACAAUCGCAGUGGUCCAUUGGAGAAAAUAUCUGGUGGAGGUAUACAGGAACCUCAGGUAACAGAACAAGGCGUGUCGAGAUCCCUGCCAGAAGUACAGACUUAUCCUCUGGAAGAGAUGCCUUGGAGCGCUCCCUCGAUAAAUACCACUCCAUGUCAAGAGAGUCAAGUUUUGUCUGUAGACAUGCUAACUCCACCUCCUGAAACUGUCCCAUCUUCAUGUAGGGAAAUUUGUCAUAUAGAGCAACUUCAAACCCAAGCAGCUGGUGAUGGUGUGUGUCUAAGCACAAAGAGACAAAGGAAGCCCACCAAAAAGAUUCUAGAAAGUUCCAUUGAAGCUGAACCGAUUCUCAUACCUAAACGAAAGAUGAAGUCACAGAAGACAUCUGGACAUGCUGCUAAUCCAGGAAUGGGACAACAGUCAUUAAAAUGUAAGAACAGGAUAUCUUCUGAGUCCAUCAACACAGCAACUGCCCCAAUCUUAAAAAGCACAGAGCAGACAGAAAUUGCCCCUACAGUUCCUCAGCCAGUGAACCCAGAAGCAGCUGAGAAUGUUUCAGAUGCUCUGGACUCAGAGAUGUUUGUACCUAGUUCUGCCUUGUGUUCUGAGAAAGAAGACAAUUCACAGUCUGAUGAAGGACUUUCGGCCAAUAAGAGACUUUCAGAGAAAGGAGGCAGCACCUUACUCAAGGAGAAUUUGUGUCAGGUGUGUGAGAAGCAGGGAGAUUUGCUUCUAUGUGAGGGACAGUGCUGUGGGUCGUUUCACCCACAAUGCAUUGGACUGAAAGAGCCUCCCAUAGGGCAAUUUUUAUGUCAGGAAUGCACAUCUGGUAUACACUCAUGCUUUACUUGUAAGAGCCUGAGUGAGGAUGUUAGGCGUUGUAUGCUUCCUGAAUGUGGGAAGUUCUACCAUGGAGAGUGUGUUGCCAGCCAUGCACCCACAGUGCCUCUGAACCUGGCCUUUCGUUGUCCCCUUCAUGUCUGUCUGGCGUGUUUCAUUACAAACCCAGCCAAUCCGGCCAUAUCUAAAGGCGAACUAACUCGCUGUAUCAGAUGCCCUGUGGCAUAUCAUGCCAGUGAUGAUUGCAUACCUGCUGGUAGUGUCACACUGACCGACAGCAUCAUAGUGUGUCCCAAUCACUUUACACCACGCAAAGGCUGCCGGAACCAUGAGCACGUCAACGUCAGCUGGUGCUUUGUCUGCUCAGAAGGAGGUAGUCUGCUGUGUUGUGAAUCAUGUCCUGCGGCGUUCCACCGAGAGUGUCUUAAUAUUGACAUGCCAGAAGGCAGCUGGUAUUGCAACGACUGUUGUGCUGGAAGAAAACCGCACUACAAGGAGGUAGUGUGGGUGAAAGUGGGUCGCUACAGAUGGUGGCCAGCAGAGGUCAGCCAUCCCAAAAACGUCCCAGAGAAUAUCCUACGCAUGAGACACGAUGUCGGAGAGUUCCCAGUUUUUUUCUUUGGCUCUAAUGACUAUCUGUGGACCUACCAAGCCCGAGUUUUCCCUUACAUGGAAGGUGACGCCAACAGUAAAGAGAAAAUAGGAAAGGGAGUUGACUCUACCUAUAAGAAAGCUUUGGAAGAAGCUGCCAAAAGGUUCAAAGAACUGCAGAUGGAGAAAGAACUAAGACAGCUCCAGGAGGACAGACGAAAUCACAAGAAACCGCCACCUUACAAACAUAUCAAGGUGAACAAACCAAUCGGCAAAGUGCAGAUCAUCUCAGCAGACCUUUCGGAGAUUCCACGCUGUAACUGCAAAGCAACGGAUGAGAACCCUUGCGGUAUGGACUCGGAGUGCAUCAACCGUAUGCUGCUGUAUGAGUGUCACCCACAGGUGUGUCCUGCAGGUGAGCGCUGCCAGAACCAGUGCUUCACAAAACAUCAGAACUGCCAGGUGGAGAUCUUCAGGACGCUGUCUCGAGGCUGGGGGCUGCGCUGUUUGCAUGACAUCAAAAAGGGGGAUUUUGUCAACGAGUAUGUUGGAGAGGUGAUUGACGAGGAGGAAUGCCGUGCCCGAAUUAAGUACGCUCAAGAGAACGACAUUGGCAAUUUCUACAUGCUCACGCUGGACAAGGAUCGAAUUAUUGAUGCAGGACCCAAGGGAAACGAAGCACGUUUCAUGAACCACAGUUGCCAGCCGAACUGUGAGACCCAAAAAUGGACGGUCAACGGAGACACACGUGUGGGGCUUUUUUCACUUACAGAUAUCCCUGCUUGCACAGAGUUAACAUUCAACUAUAACCUUGAGUGUCUGGGCAAUGGGAAGACGGUGUGCAAAUGUGGUGCAUCUAAUUGCAGUGGAUUCCUGGGAGUGAGGCCCAAAAAUAACCCCCCAUCAGAUGAUAAGGGACGUAAGCUAAAGAAAAAGUCUCAGAUGAAGCGCAAAUCCCAGCAGGAAGUUAUCAAGGAGCGUGAGGACGAGUGUUUUAGCUGUGGAGAUGGAGGACAGAUUGUGACCUGUAAAAGGCCAGGCUGUCCAAAGGUUUACCAUGCAGACUGCCUCAAUCUCACCAAGAGACCCGCAGGCCGUUGGGAGUGUCCCUGGCAUCAGUGUGACUUGUGUGGUAAGGAUGCGGCUUCCUUCUGCGAGAUGUGCCCUAGCUCCUACUGCGUAGAACAUCGGGACGGCAUGCUCUUCAUAUCCAAACUGGAUGGGCGCUUAUCGUGCAGCGAGCAUGACCCCUGUGGCCCUGAGCCCCUGGAGCCUGGUGAGAUCCGGGAUUAUGCUCAAGAAAACACCACCACGUACCCUAUCAACCUCAUCAGAGUGGCCAACCCUAAAUCCUCACCCCUAAACUCUAUGACUAUACCACAGUCUGUCUCACACCCUGAUGUAGCUCCUCACGUCUUCUUUGACCCCUCCAGCAACCCUCCAAUGUUUAACAUCUCUCUAAACUGUGCAUAUUCACCCAUCUCUCCCUGUAGAGAAGAAGAAGAGGUGGAGGAUUUGAUGGAAUUAGAAAGGCAUUGUGAGGGUGAGAAGAACUUAACUGAUGGAAAUUUGGAACCAUUGAGGAUAAAAGAGACAACAGAUGAGGGUUUUAUCUGUUAAGUGUUGAAGCUAACUGGCUUGGGGUUUCUUUGAGUUUUCAGACUACGUUAACUCUUGUUGUCUGACGCUACUAUUAGAUGCCUUGUUCUGAAGUUGUGCACUUUGAGUUCCUUUAGUCAACGAAAUUGAAGAUGGCACUCAGUACUGAAUCUCCUUCAGUAAUCUCUUGAAGGUGUUAUGAGAUGAAACGAGACUGAAAUUUUGGAUGAUCACUGAUCUUAACUGUAUUUCCAUGCAGCGAAGGUAAGAGGUAUCCAAGUCGUAGUUCAUCUUCAUCACCAGUUUAAAAUAGGAAUUAUUUAUUUGCUGACGACUGGCAUUGCACACACACAUACAAGACUAGUGAAAUCCUCUGAACAUCACAAAGAAAACAAAAAUGAAAAGUAGUAUUGAAUUGAAGUUCUUGAGUAAAGGGAAUAUAUUAUACAAAACACAUUUGUGCUGUACAUUUGCUCUGUGAGCAGAUAUUACACACCUCAAAGGGAUGGUUCACCCAAAAAUGAAAAUUCACUCAUCAUUUACUCACCCUCAUGCCAUCCCGGAUGUGUAUGACUUUCUUUCUUCAGCAGAACACAAACAAAGAUUUUUAGAAGA